UGUCAAUGCCCACUUCACAGUUGUUCGGGCGGAGGUUAUAUCGACAGUCUUUUAGCUGUUGAAAUUGACAAAACUAGAACACGAACACACGAUUUUACGUGGUAUCCCCGUUCGAUAUGAACGGGACUAAUCCACAGAGAGUUAAGACUCUCGGCUUUAGGUUUUAUUGAUUUUCUUUCUAGGUUACAGAACUUGACGGCAGCAGCACUUAUUCAACAUAUAUAUACAAGUUGCUGCAUAAACCCUACGUGCACAAGGAAGAGAAAUUAAUGGGGAAAAUUACAAGUCGAUCCCCCAUUAAUUGAAAUGUAACACGCCCCCUCAAGCGGAGGCGUGGAUAUCAACCAUGCCAAGCUUGGAAACGAGAUAUGCAAAUUGAUCGACCCCCAAUCCUUUUGUGAAAAUGUCGGCAGGCUGCUGUGCGGUAGGGAUCUUGAGCGGAGUAAUCUCAGACGACUAGACACGCUCGCGGACGAAGUGACAAUCCAUUUCCACAUGUUUGGUACGCUCGUGGAAAACCGGAUUGGCUGCAAUAUGAAGGGCAGCCUGAUUGUCACAGAAAAGAGGAGUAGGACCAGCAGAAGGAACACCAAGAUCAGUGAGCAACCAACGGAGCCAGAGAACCUCGCUAACAGUGCUAGCCAUGGAUCGGUACUCAGCCUCAGCAGAAGAGCGGGCAACCACUGUCUGUUCUCUUGGCGCGCCAAGAGAUAGGGGCCGCACCAAGCCGAAUGAAAUACCCUGUGGUAGAUCGUCUAGUCAAAGGACAACCAGCCCAGUCGGCGUCGCAGUAGGCAACUAGACGGAUAUUACUCGUGGCAGGAAAGAAGAGACCGUAACCGGGAGAUUGAUUUAGGUAGCGUAACACCCGCUGAGCAGCAUCAAAAUGGGCCUGAGUAUGAGAAUUGACGCCCUAGCUGAGGAGGUUGACAGUGUAGGUGAUGUCGGGGCUAGUAACGGUGAGAUAGUGCAGGCGCCCAACUAAUCGUCGAUAAGAACCAGGAUCAGAAAACGGUGGAGACUCCGUACGACCUAACUGGUGGUUCUGCUCAAUCGGGGAGGAGCUAGGACGCGCCCCCUCAAGCCCAGAAUCGGCUAAGAUAUCAUGUACUUUCUUGCGUUGGUUCAGUACGACCCCACGAGAGGAGCGAGCAACCUCAAUUCCCAAAAAAUAUUUGAGAGGACCGAGAUCUUUGAUGGUGAACUUAGCAUGAAGGAAAUCCUUAACAUGUUGAAUGAAUGGGAGAUCAUUGCCGGUGAGAAUAACAUCAUCAACAUAGAUGAGAGCCACGAUGAACACCGAGCCCUUCUGGUAGAUGAAGAGUGAAUGAUCUGCUCUGCUCUGCCGAAAAUGAAGGGAAAGUAAGGCAACCGAAAAUUUAUGAUACUAGUUGCGGGAAGCCUGACGAAGACCAUAGAUGGACUUGUGAAGGCGGCAGACACGGGUGUCACCCGGACGGGCAAAGCCUUGAGGAAUUUCCAUGUAAACUUCUUCCUCGAGGUCACCAUGAAGAAAUGCGUUGUUGACAUCCAGUUGGUGAAGAUGCCAUCCGCGAGUGGCAGCAACAGCAAUGACACAGCGAACAAUGACGAGCUUGGCUACUGGGACGAAAGUGUCAUGGUAAUCAAUGCCUUUGACCUGGGUGAAGCCUUUCGCAACGAGACGAGCCUUGUAGCGCUCAAUAGACCCAUCAGGGUUGAACUUGAUCUUGAAGACCCAUUUACACUUGAUAACCUUUUUACCCGGAGGAAGGAAAGUGAGAGUCCAGGUGCCAUUUGCUUCCCCAUUAAUUGAAAUGUAACACUAGCUUCUGUUUUUUUUUUCCUUCUCGUGCCCUAGCCUUCCUUCCCAUGUGUGCACUCACUCUCAAUGAAGUGUGAUUUUCCUUUCAUCCAACUCAUUGAAUUGUAAUUCCUUUUGUAUGAUCAAUCUGUCGCUUAUGGCGGUUGAUUUUACUACUAUCUGGCUUGGGGAGGAAGCUCAUUGGCUACUUACCUUUUCAUUCUCAAUCCCAAGACCGUAAGUUUCGAACUGGUAGGCUAUGGUGAUCGAGGGUUCCUUAAUGAUAGAAAUUCUGUUUUAUUUAUUUCUCUAUCUUCUUAUUUCCAGUUCCAAGGGACGGGAUACGAUGACGACCCUUAGAUUCACAACCAAGGGUAUUUUGGGUAUGAAAAAAGGAAUAUAUUAAUUACCUUUUGUGUAUUAAUUAUAUUGAGAAUUAAAAACCCAUACUAAAUACAAGUUUUUUGAAAUUUAAAUCCUAUACAUUAAUAUCUCUAUCUAUCUCUCUCUUCCUUUCUCCAGCGGCCACUCCCAUCGACGGACAGACUUUUUCUCCGGCGAAUUCUCUCCGUCAGACUCUCUCCGGCAACCUGAAAAAAUGUACAAGUGCUUUAAAAAGUGUACCAAUCCAUUAGUCUACUGGUAAUUAAUAUACCAGUGCUAGUGGUACGCUACCAGUGAGUUAAAAAAUGUACCAGUACAUGUGGUACGCUACCAGUACAGCGCUACCACUACCAUAUUGUAUCGUACCACUAGCACUGGUAGCGGUACCACUAGCAUUGGUAGCGGUACCAGUAGAGAAUAACACAAAAAAACAGAUGACAGUGGUACCAGAUGAUAGUGGUAUGCUACCACUACCAGCUACCUUAUGGUAGUGGUAGAUACCACUAUCACUGGUACGCUACCAGAAGAAAAAUGGUACCACUAAAAAACCAGAUCUAGAAAAGGGGAGUCGGUGACGGGAGAGAGAGGUAGGGGAAGAGGGUGAACUCGCGACGGCGCAGUGGUGGGGGACGAAGGGCGGCGAGAGGGCUCCGACGGGGAGCGGAUGAUUGUGCCGCGGUGUGGGAGGCGGACGUUGCGACGGGCCGGCGGGAGAGAUUUGCAACAACAGGGUGUGGAGGGAGGCAGAGGAUGGCGGAGACGACGACGGUGGAAGGCUCGACAGGCGGCUGCAGGAGACAGGGGCGCCGACGCCGGCGGUGGAGGGCUGUGGCGGCGGAGGGCUCUGCGAGAGAGAGGGAGGAGAGACGAUGAUGGCUACUGGAGAGAGGGAGGAGAGAGAGAGAGAGAGAGAGAGAGAGAGAGAGGACGGAGGAGUUAGGGUUUUUUUUCUUUUUAUAUGGUAGGGUGAAUGAUUGGGUGUGGUAAAUUUUUACCCUUCCAAAAAUACCCUUCCUUUAAUCUUAACCGUUAAUUUAAAAAGGAAAAAAGAGACAGGAGAGAGAGCAUAUCCAAAAGCUAUAAAGUCCCAAGUGUGUAAAGAAUGGAACGUGUAGCUAGGUUACCCAUUGCUAUCGAUUUGUGAUGGUUGCAUUUUCUAAUUGUUUGGGUAAUUUAGGAAGCAUUUUUCAGCAGUUGGUUCAGAACUUCAGAUUGUCAUCCACUUUGCUACGGAGAUGGCCGGCUCAUAAGUUAAUAGCUAGCUCUAAGGUUUUUAUUGCACUCCAACCUACGCCUACGCAUUGCACGAAAAGAAGAGAGGUGCGUGAGCGUUUCGUCGAAAGGGGUCUAAAGCGUUUCGUUCAGUAUUGAUUUCUUAUUGGUUUUUAUUGGUUUUCUGAUUUUAACCAAACAAAAACCAUUAAGUUUC